AUCUUGGAGUUGGUACCUCCCCAAUGACAUGCAGUUUUUUAUAAUUGCAAAAAUUUUAACAGUCUUGUCAAUAACGUAUUUUAAAACUUGUGCUGUAAUAUGGACAUGCAUGUUAAUGUCUACUGCAGUUUACAGUGGAUAUUUAUCAUAUUCACUUGGAUUAACAUUUACACUGGAUAUGUUAUGGGACACUAGAGACUAUUUAUAUUCAUCACCUUUUGUAAGAAUUGGUCCAUAUUUAAUUGGACUUGCAGCAGCAUAUCUUCUUGUUCGAAUAAAUAAUAAAUGGAAUGCAAAUACAAUAACUUUAGGAUUAUUUUGGAUUAUUGGAAUUGUUCUUAGUAUUGGAGUGAUGUUUUUUACGUAUGACAAACAAAUAUCUAUUUUUCAAACAGCAAUUUAUGUUGGAUUAUACAGAAUAAUUUGGGCAUUGAUUAUUGGUUGGAUUGUUGUUGCUUCUUCAACUAAUCAUGGAGGAUUGGUUAAUAAAUUACUAUCUAUGGAAAUAUUUAUACCACUUGGUAAACUUACCUACUGUGCUUAUUUGAUCAAUCCAAUUAUUGUAAGUACGAUUUAUCUUGGAGCUGAUGUAUCACUUCAUAUGGAAUUAUUCCUUUUAGUACCUAUUUACUUGGGAAUGAUCUUCUUGACAUAUUUUGCUGCAUAUAUAUUCUAUGUUUUAUUUGAAAUACCAUACAUACAUCUUUUUAAAAUUUUAAAUAUUUAAAUUUAAAAAAAAAUAUACAAAUUAUUUUAAAUUUUUGUAAUCAACAAUCAUUUUUUUUUUUUUUUUAUUAAAUUAUCUGUAUUAAAUAAUAUAACAUACUUAUUCAA